AUGCCUCCACAGCGUCGUUCAUGGGUCGGAUGCUCUCGGUGCAAGCGUUUCAAGAAGAAGUGCAGUGAGGAUAGGCCUACCUGUCAGCGCUGCAAGAGUGCGGGCGUGGCUUGUGAGUAUGGGGUUCAUCUGAGAUGGGGCGGGAGACCCUUCAAUCGCUCUGCGUUUGGCAAUUGUCUAUCCCGGAAUGAGUUGAGUGUUCAAAGGCUAGAUAUCAACCGGGACAACUUCAUCUACGUCUCUCCCUCCACACCUCAACCAAGCCAGGCUGCUGUCGCCGUCUCUACUCCUCCCCCUUCUUCCUCUCCCUCACCAAGUACCCUAUCCAAGGAAACAGAAAACUAUGACACCUCUUCCUCAACCUCUUCAGAAGUUUCUCUGUUGAGCCCAGCUAAAAGCUAUGAUCUGGUUCCUCGGCGGAGGCAAAUCUCUCUACCACUUCCUGUCGGAUACUUCAGUCAUCUAUCCCCCCUACACAUGUCCGGUCUUCAAUAUUUCACAGAAAGAACCGUCAGAGCUCUCGCCCCUCAUCCUCAAAUAUUCGAUGAGCUAUGCGAGUUGAUUCUUCCCAUGGCCGUCUUCAAUGACGCUCUAUUACAGGGCAUCGUCGCUCUCGCCGCCGUGCACAAACUGGCCAGCUGCAAGACCAGUGACGAGCAGACUGCACAAGGUCUCAUUAUAGAAGGCUUUCAAGCCCUCAGUUCAAGAUCUCUAUGUCAGAGGCUCUCCGAAUGCGAUGAUGACCGACAGCUCGUGCCGCUGCUAGCUGCAGCAAGGACUCUGUUUGUCUGCGAGGUCUUUGCCGCCAAUCCUAGCCGUGAUCGAUGGAGCAUACACUUCCGGGGCGCUCGGGGGCUUAUCUCUCGACUCCAAGACAAGGGCCUCUCACAAAAUCCGACAGAUGAGUUGCGCUUUUUGUUGCGCUGGUUCGACAUGACCGAGUCACUAGUUUGCCACGCUGCCAGUGAUCUCGUGUCUGAACAAACAACGAUCCCUACACCCUCGACGCAAUCCUCCGAUAGCGAGCCUGUCUACAUUGACAUGUACCUGGCACGUACAAGAGAUCUAUUAGGCGUGUUCAAGGAGAUUGCCCGGCUACAGCAUCGCAGUAACAAGGCCACAGACACAGAA